AUGGAUGUUCUGUCCAUGCUAAAGCAUUCCAUAAUAUCUGAUGAUACCAACCCAAUAAUGCGCGAUUUCGAAAUUGGUCGCCAGAUAGGUUCAGCGGGACCUGAGAUGGUGUGGAAGAUAUUCGAGGCUGUUAGACAGGAUGACAAAAAGGAAGCGUCCGUGUUCAUCUUUGACAAAAAGAUCGCGGACAAACUGCACAAGCCGAGGAGAAGGGAGACGGUGUCUGAAAUCCUGAGGAAGGAGGUACAUCAUUUGUCUCGAAUAAAGCACCCCAAGAUCCUCACGGUGUUUCAUGGACUCGAGGAGUGCCAUGACAGUCUGGCCUUUGCGACAGAACCUGUGAUGGGAAGCCUUGCAAAUAUACUGGGGAAUUUCGAGCGGAUGCCAGCAAUGAUACCACAGGAAUUAAAGGAUUAUGUGUUCAUUGAGCUGGAAAUAAAGCAUGGCAUUUUACAGAUUACGGAGGCACUCUCGUAUCUCCACUGUACGGAGCAAAUGUUACACAGAAACAUUUGUCCUCAGAGUAUACUGGUGACGAAACGAGGAGUUUGGAAGCUGGCUGGGUUGGGCUUUGUGGAAAAACCUAAAGAAGGAAAGGACACUUACCCCUGCCAGCCGUGGACAACUAAGAUACCAAAGAUGGCCCAGCCUGACUUGAACUACGUUGCCCCUGAGAUACAGCUGGAGAAAUCGUGUAACACUCUCAGCGACAUGUUCUCUCUCGGGAUGGUGGUGUGCUCCAUUUUCAAUCAGGGCAAGUCACUCAUCAACGCUGAACACAAUCCGUCUCAGUAUUCAAGACAGGUAGACCAGAUGCAUGAACAGUUUAGUUCUGUUGCGCAUAAGAUGCCUCUAUCUCUUGUUGAACCAACCGAGAAAAUGAUAAACAGAGAUAUAAGAUACAGACCUACAUCACAGUCCUUUAGUUUAUUACGAUACUUUCAAGACACGGUUGUGGCCAGUCUCCAGCAUAUCGAUAUGGUGGACCGGCAAGACCCCGCCCAAAAAGCUGAAGCUUAUGCAAACCUAGCACAAAUUAUUCCUAUGAUACCUAGAAAAAUUUUAUAUAAGAAUGUCUUCCCUAUUGUGUGUUCCGAGUGCAAGACGCCCGAAAUUGUGUUUGCCUUACCUGUUCUCCUCACUAUGAUAGACUUUGCCCCACGAGAUGAUUACAUUGACAUCAUUCUCCCAGAAUUCCGUACCAUUUUGUGCUCAAAUAAACCAGUCCAGGCCACAGUGUAUAUACUGAAUAAGCUCGACGUCGUCCUUGCCAAAAGUCCUCUUGAAGAUAUCAAGGCGGAAGUGCUUCCUCUCGUCUUCAACACACUCGACUCGUCGUCUCUUCAACUUCAGGAAGCCGCAUUGGGUGCUAUUGGCGGUAUCAAGGAAUACCUCGAUGAUACGAUAAUAAAGAAAAUGGUGCUGCCACGAGCCAAGUCGCUGUUCUACCGGUCGACCAACGUCAAGUUACGUAUCAACGCUCUGUCGUGUAUAGACCACAUGCUCGAUAGUCUCGAUAAGAUGAUCAUUCUGGACGAGGUGCUUCCGUUUCUGACAGACAUCACGUGUCAGGAUCCCGACGUAGUCAUGCACAUCGUCGGUGUUUACAAACAUAUGCUUAGCGACAAGAAGUUCGGGUUGACUCACAACUUGAUAGCCUCCAAGGUCAUGCCGUCGCUCAUCCCACACACGGUGAAUCCAGGGCUGACGAUGGAACAGUUUGGUGCUUUAAUGGAGGUUCUCAGAGAGAUGUUGGAACAGAUAGACCGACAACGGCGAAACAAAAUGAAACAGGAAACUGUCUCCAUUGCAGUUCCGUCAAGAGGGUCACUAAAGAUGACUGGGAAUGACGAGUUACAAAACGACAUCUCUCAAGCACAGAGACUUCUGAUGGUCGAUGUGGGCUCCAACAAGUUCCAGCACUUGCACAAAACUGUCACGAGUACCCCUGAACUACAGCAAAGACCGAAGUCGAGCCCAAAGACCAACAAGAGAAAUCACAGUCUGCAAUCACUAGGGAUGAGUUUGGUUAGCAUAUCUCAGAGGUGGGUUUUUUUCUUCACGUUUCAGGACGAAAAAAGUUCCAAUACACUAGACAAACCGAUGGAGAUAAUUCGUCGCCACAGCCUUGUCCCGCCCAACAGCGGCCAACCCACCAUCAGCAUCACCAGCGAGGACGCCACUAGUCCAGACCAGUCUCGGCGACCCAGCACACAUAGUCUCGGUCCCUUCUCCCUCUCAGUAAGUGGCUUUGGUGACUAUCAUUUCCGGGACCGGCGUCGACCCUCCAGUCAGAGUCUGGGGAUAUUGCCCAUAAGUUUGUUUGGCGAAGGGGGAGACCGCCCGCGCCGGCCCAGCACCCAUAGCCUUGGGAUUUUCCCGCUUGGCUGUUUUGGAGAGGAGAGGGACAGAUUUGAUAGACCACGCAGACCCAGCACUCAUAGCCUCGGCCCCAUAGUGGUUCCUGAUGUGGACCGACGAGGCAGCAGAGGCAGUAUAUUUGGAUCUCUAGGAAUUGGGGAAAUUCCAGGAGUAAGUUCUCAAAACCAAAGACGACCAAGCUUUCAAGCGUUUGGCGAGAGUGUUAUGCAGUUAUUUACAAGUAAAUAACAUCCGGCACAAAGUCAGCUGACUGAAAAACAAGGGAAAUAAAAUAGCAAAAUGUGACCCUGUGGACAUAUGACUUUUUUGUAUUAGAAGCAACACAGGAAUGGACUGCAUACACGUGAUGAUUUUGUAUAUAUAUAUAUAUAUAUAUUCUCAUACGUACACGAUUCCAUGGACAUUGGCAGGCAGGGAUAGUGCAACGACAUUCAAAGUCUGCUGAUGAAUAGUGGCAUUUGAAAACAACGUAUAUAUCUGGUAUAUAUUGUAAUACAAAUGUGCCAAUAUUGAAUAACCUGUUAAUGUUAGACUAACUUGAGGAAAACAAACCGCUCCUCUCCAUCAGUCCACAAACAAGUGGAAUAUUCUUCAGUUGUUUCUUUUUUAAAACAAGGAGGAAUCCAUUUAUCUAUUUAUUUAUUUGUUUGUUUAUUUGUUUAGUUUAUAUAUUUAUGUAUUUAACCAAAUUGUUUUAUAUGAACACUGUAUUCUAUAUGGUGAUCAUACCAAGUUCUUUGGUGUGAAUUAUAUGGAAGGCAAACACAAAUUGAUGAUAACAGACCAAGAUAAUAUAUGUUAAUAAUGUUUCCACUCGAUUUGAAUUUUUUUUGGAUUUAUAUUGAUAAUAAAUUAACAACAAUUGUUUACUAGAAUAAACACAAGGAAAUGUAAAAUAUUAUAAGAAAUAUAAUACAAUUUUUAACCCCACGUUAUAAAAGUUGAUGUCUGUUAAGUUCCACAACGCUCAUUCCAUUGUUAUCAAUGUGUCCCACGUUGUUAGUGGGGUUUUGCAUGUCAGAUAGUAUGAGUGCUCCCGGUCUGUGUUGACCGAAUUUGAGAUGUGUAAACAAGUUUUGUAUUUAAUACAUUCCCUUGUGAAACGCCAAUACUAGUUGACUCUGUCUUGUACUCUGUGGUGACUUGUAUAUGUACAUCUCCCGUGCGCACCAAUUGCUCAAGUUUGUGGAUUUUUUAAUAACUGUAUACACGUAUAUAUCUAUAUAUUAUUUUACGUAAAAUAGUUCUGUGAUUUGUAUUUACAGUGGUUGUAUGUGCGUAAGAAUAUAGAGUAUUUGGUACAUGUUGUGUGUAAGAUGUAAUAUCAUAACCUAGUCAUGGCGUAGCCAGGCUUUUACAUUAGAUUUGCCACCCACAUUGGGAGGGAGAAGCCAUUCUGUCUAUGACACGUGUUAUGGGGCAAAAGGCAGAUAUAUAAAGUGGUGGGCGAUAACAUUAGGUGUGAUGGGGUUGGGGGUGACACGUGCUAUGGGGGCAAAAGGGUUGUUGGGAGAAUAUUAGGUGUUUCCUGUCCUGGACGGAGGAGCUGGCCGAGGCCGGUACCUUCUCCCACGACAGGCGUGUACUACAACAGUUUGUUCUGAAUAUGACAUGACAUAUUAGGUGUGAUUGCAGGGCUAUGGUCCCCAUGCCCCCACCACCCUCAGGUUACGCCAGUGUAACCUAGAAAGUACAGUUAUAACUUAAGUUGUUUUGUUUUAAUACAUAUUAUACCAGACAAUCCUUUUUGAGUCGCAUGAGCCAUUGAUUCAGUUGCGAGAAAAGCAGCUUUGCUGGUCAAUUGUUUUUGAAAUAAAUAACAUUAAUUCUUAAGAAAUCACUUUUGUCUAAUUGAUAAAACAAUAUAUUUUUGAGACAGUCAUGCUCAUGGAUGUGAUACCUCUAUUUUUAGUUUGGAAACAGCGAUUUUUCACAAAAACGAAAGUCUGAUUAUUGAUUAUAUACCGAACUCCAUUGAAAACCCAUCAGUCAGAAACAUGUUACGAGAAGAAACAAAAAUAAUACAUUUAACUCAUUUUUGUAUAACUGGAUAUGUUCUUGUAACUAAAUAAAUAAACCAAACAUUUGGGUUAUUGUGUCUUUUAUAGCAUACACACACAUGCAAUUGCAACUGACAAACCGGUGCGUUUUCAAUGGAAGUCAGUAUAUUAACAUAAAAUCCAUGAUGGAUUACAUAUAUAUAUAUCGCACACAGUGUUGUGGUGUCUUUAAUGAAUAAUCAGCAUACAAGUGACAAUCAGUAAUAUUAAUAUGUGUAUUUCCGUAUAGGGAUAGUGUUACGGUGUUCAAAUCAUACCAGCAUUGCAGCAUGCUCAUUUAACCCUUCGUGUACGAUAAAAAAAAAAAAAAAAAUCCAAAACUGAUCAUAGGCGGGGCGGAAAGCAAAUGUUUGUUUUAUUAUCCACCAUUCAAAUCAAGUAUGCAUAAGAAAAAAAAAUGUGUAGCAUAUAAUAAUGUACUCAAAAUUAAUUACGGCCCAGAAGACCUUUCGGUUAGUUUUUAAUAGUGUUAUAUCACGUUAGCACGUUUCGUUACCAGAUGAUUUCUAAACGUAAUGUUCGUAACAUUUUGCAAAUAAUGCACGCAAACAUCGUCCAUACGUUUUGUUUGUUUGUUUGUUCGUUUGUUUUGUUGGGUUGUUUUUUGUUGGGGGUUUUUUCUCCCCCUGCAUUGAUGAAAACUUUACUGAGAUGCGUGUUUUUACAAACAAAAAUGCCUAAAACCGCUACUGGUCGUUUAUCGAUUCUGUCCCACUACCACUACCAUCAGGUGGUCAAAUCUAAAACAGGGAUGGGAUGUAGCCCAGUGGUGAAGCGCUCGCAUGAUACGCGGUCGGUCUAGGAUCGAUCCCCGUCGGUGGGCCAUUUGGGCUCUUUCUCGUUCCAGCCAGUGCAACACGACUGGUAUUUCAAAGGCUGUGGUAUGUGCUAUCCCGUCUGUGGGAUGGUUCAUAUAAAAGAACGAAGGAAGGAAGAAAUGUUUUAUUCAACAUACUUUUAUAUAUGGUCAUAUGGCGGUGGACACGUGGUUAAGGACCACACCUGAAGAGAGGGAAUCCACUGCCACCACUUUAUGAGCAACUAUUUUUAAUUUCAUUCAUUCAUUUCAACUUAUUUUCGUGCUUAUAUCCAAUUAAGGUUCAAACACGCUGUCCUGGGCACACACCUCAACUAUCUGGGCUGUCUGUCCAGGACAG